ACUACCCACAGCAACGAUAAAAGAUUCGCGUAUCAGGUUGUCACGGAGCCGCCCCGCAUCAGAGCUAAGAAGAUGGCAUCCACUGAGACCGACCUUGCGGUACGAGAGACACCAGUCAACGAGGCGGGUCGUGAGCUCAUUUCGACCGGAUAUGCGUUGUUAGCGGCCUGUCGCUGCGGAAAAUUAAAAGCUGUUCAAGAUCUCCUCGUGAGAGGGGCCGAUAUUAACGUCCAAGAUCCGCGGGGUAAAUCUGCGCUUGUAUAUGCAGCUAUGACUGGCCACACUGAAGUGGUAAGCUUACUGGUUGAACAUGGCGCUAAUCUGGAAGUGACAAGUGCAGACGGCAAGACACCCCUUGCGUUCGCUGUCUCCCGUGGCAACACCAAUGUGGUGGACAUCCUUUUGAAAGCUGGAGCCAACAUUGGCUUCCAGCUUCCCAGUGGAGACACUGUUCUUCACAUCGCCUGUGAACAUGGCUACCUUGCUAUUACUGAAUUACUUCUCA